CAAAAAUCUUCCUUCCCCCUUUGUUUUUUCCCUUCUCUACUUCUCUCAGCUUCUCCCACCAUUCUCUCAUUCCGGCGAACCACCGGCGACACUCCCAUUUCUGAGCACCCUUUUCGCCGUUAGGCUUUGCCCAUUUCCCGAACCCAGUUUGAUUUCACACGCAUUUGGGAAAUUAAUUGUAGCCCCCUGUUCUGCAUUUAGAGGAACAGGCAAAAUGAUCUCCUCGAUAAAGCAAUCGACUUCAUCUUUCAAAUGCUCAGAUUUCUUACCUCGUUUGUGUUCGACCCCCAAAUCUCAACUCUGUUCACUGCCGUCUUUUCCGAAUUCACAAGACAAAAGAGUCUCUACCGCUAAACCUCUGCACAUUUCUUCAGUCCUGGCGUUCCAAUCGGUGCUCAGAAGCCGAAAGCCGGCGAGUGAGUGCAGAGUCUAUGAGGCCAAUCGCGACUUCCCGAAGAGCGCAAUUCGAGGGGCUCUGAAUGUGGUGUUCAAUAUCUACAACAAGAAGGUCUUGAAUGUCUUCCCCUACCCAUGGCUCACGUCAACGCUGUCGCUCGCGGCGGGGUCGCUGAUGAUGCUGGCCUCCUGGGCUACGAGGAUCGCCGAAGCCCCCAAAACGGAUCUUGAGUUCCGGAAGACCCUAUUCCCCGUUGCGGUGGCACAUACAAUUGGGCAUGUAGCAGCAACAGUGAGCAUGUCAAAGGUGGCUGUUUCCUUUACUCAUAUCAUCAAGAGUGGUGAGCCUGCUUUCAGUGUGUUGGUUUCAAGGUUUCUACAAGGCGAGACAUUUCCCCUGCCAGUUUACCUAUCGCUCCUGCCGAUCAUUGGAGGCUGUGCUCUAGCCGCUGUCACUGAAUUCAACUUCAACAUGACUGGGUUUAUGGGACCGAUGAUAUCGAAUCUGGCAUUUGUGUUUCGGAACAUAUUUUCAAAGAGAGGGAUGAAAGGGAAGUCUGUUAGCGGGAUGAACUACUAUGCUUGUCUGUCAAUAUUGUCCCUAUUGAUUCUCACUCCUUUUGCAGUUGCUGCGGAGGGUCCCCAAGUGUGGGCUGCUGGCGGGGAAAAGGCUCUCUCUCAGAUUGGACCACAUUUUGCAUGGUGGGUGGCGGCCCAGAGCAUCUUCUAUCACUUGUAUAAUCAAGUAUCAUACAUGUCUUUGGAUCAGAUCUCUCCCUUGACAUUUAGCAUAGGAAACACGAUGAAAUGAAUAUCAGUAGUUUCAUCCAUCAUCAUCUUCCACACCCCUGUCCAACCCAUCAACGCCCUCGGAGCUGCCAUUGCAAUCCUUGGAACCUUCCUCUAUUCUCAGGCAAGGCAAUGAGGCUUUUUAUUGCUAUAUGGAUGGUAAAGAUAGACGAUGAGGAGGCUGGAUUUGGCUGAGAGUGUUGGUUGAGUGUUGGUUUCAAGCAUUGAUGAACAACCAUAAGGCGGGCCAUGUGGCAUUUCUUCUUCCAGAGGUCAAAUAUAAUAAUGUUAAUAAUAAUGCUACGACACACCCCGUGAUUAGUAGAUUAUUAAAUCUUUUAAUUCCACCAUUGGCAGGAUCUUUUGGGCUAGGUUUUCCUGUAGUACAUGAGAACAAUAGUUGGUGCUUCUAAAUUUUGUGGCGAAAAAAUGAUGAGUUAUGGAUCUUCUUGUUCAUUAAUUGGCAAAAUAAUAAUAAUCCCAUGAUUCAUUUGCA